UACGCUGAACAUUUAAUUAAAACAGUAGCGCACACUGUUUAAAACAGAAGCAAGCGAACACUUUGUUUGUUUGUCAAUAUAUGUGGUUUAUAACCAUUAAAGUUCCUGAACCAACUAGAACAGCUGUCACAUUUAUAAGAUAAAUACAAGAACAAAAUUUACUUCAAUAGAUUCUGACUAACAGUAUAUUCGGAUAAUACAGUAAUAGAUCUACUCGAUGUUAUUAUUUUUAUUGAAGUUAUUUUAAAGUAUUGAGAUACGGUUGGUAAAGGAGGCUAUUUAGAGGAUGUGUAAGUGUAUGGAGAUAUUGUUUCUAACAGCUGUCGUCGUGUCUGCGGCGAACGCGAUGACCACACUUUAUGCCGUGUACAAUAUGGGCGGGGUUACAGGGAAGGUAACGUUUAACCAGUCCGCACCCGGUCAGAGUGUUACCAUUUACCUCGAUCUGUCCGGGCUCUCGUCUAAUAACUACGAUCUGGAACUGCACGAAUAUCGUGUGAACUUUGAUACGAAGGAUGUAUGCAGUGAAGAGAACAUAGGAGCUGUCAUUGGUACAGCUAAAGCUACAUCCGGUACGGGUCAGCUUGUCGCCUCUGGGAUGGACCUCUCGGGAAUAAAGUCAAUUGAAGGUCGAUCUUUCGCCAUCAAAAGUGACAGUCUAUUGACGUGUGCCACCAUUGAGGCUGAUGCUGACUAUAUAACAGCGUUUGCUUACUUGCCGGCGGAGAUCGGCGGCACUGUUAUAUUCCGGCAGCAAGAUAACUCCGAGUCGGCCGACACAUUCAUGUAUUUGGAUUUAUAUUCUGUCGGCGAGACAUUGCCCCAGGAUCCCCUUAAAUGGCAGAUUAAUGGUGGUAUCGUAAAAAUGGACAUAGACGCGAGCACUGAUAUUAACAAUAGGUGUGGAAGUACGAUAAAAACCCUUUAUAACCCUGACGGUGCCGACGGUAGUGGUUGUUCGACAGAGAACCAUAGUAACUGUAGAAUCGGAGAUCUUAGCGCUAAACACGGAGAUAUAACAUUUCAAACAUCCGGUAAAACUAAAGCGUUUUUUGGAGAUCUAAAACUGCCACUAAGUGGUAAAAAUUCUAUAAUAGGUAAAACUUUAGUCUUCAUGAACGGGUCUGAGUAUUAUGCGUGUGCUAAUAUUGUGCAAUAUCCUAGAAUGGGGGCCAUUUCAAAGUUUAGUAAUGAUAAUGUAACAGGAAUGAUAACAUUCAAUCAAAAAUCACCUCUUGAUCCUGUUACAAUAAGUGUUAAUUUAGACAAUCUUGAUAUUAGAGCUGGAGGAUAUCACGUGCAUGAAUGGCCCGUGCCACAAAAGAUCCUUAAAGAGGAAGCCGUGUGUAGCAAUGCGCACGUGGGUGGACACUUCAACCCAUUUAAAGUUGGAACUGGGGGCGUCUACCCUAGUCCCGCGUUGACAACUCCGGAUAAGUACGAAGUCGGUGAUAUAAGCGGAAAAUUCGGUCUUAUGACAUCUAUGAAUAGUUAUGUAAAGAAUAUGACUGAUCCAAAUAUGCAGCUGUUCGGAAAAAAUACUAUAAUAGGUCGCAGUGUUGUAAUUCAUAAAUCUUUGGACGGUUCCCGCUGGAUAUGUGCAAGUAUAUGGCCGUCAGACGACAUCCCCAUGACAACGGCCUAUGCUAGGUUUACAUAUCCGGUGAUUGGAUAUAUUGUUUUACGACAACCCAAAGAUAUGUGGUAUGCUGAAACACAAAUUUACGCAGAACUUGACUAUGCAGCCGCAUCUACAUCACCAACUGUUAAUCAUAAUUGGCACGUGCACGAGACAUCGAUGGGUGACGAUAUGUUGUCACAAACUGGACGCUGCCAGUCUGUAGGACCUCAUUACAACCCUUAUUCAGUUUACCUAUCAGGUGAUUAUACAACCAUGUGUAAUUCUUAUAAUCAGUUUCGCUGUGAACUCGGUGACCUAUCAGGAAAACACGGUAAAUUAAACAUUCGUUCAAACCUAGGCGGAAAACUGAGGUAUUUCUUCUCUGAUAUGCAGUUACCUCUAUCAGGACCUCAGACAAUUGUCGGCAAAUCUAUCGUGAUUCAUGAUGCGAACGCUGGUGGUGGACGGCUAGCAUGUGGAAAUGUCAUGCUCAAGGUCAGACGUGAGGUCGCAGUGACCAAGUGGUCGUCUGCUGAAGGUCAAAGUAGCCCGACAGGAUCAAUUUCAUUCGCUCAAGAGUGCGUAGAUAUUUUGUCUGGUGUAACAAAGGUUAGUGUAUCGCUGUCGAACCUUAAUGAUAUGGUGGGCGGUUAUCAUAUACACGAGUACCCAACCAGCGUUGAUACACCAUCAUCUGACGUCUGUCAGAGCAGUGACGUAGGCGGUCACAUGAACCCGUUCGAUAGUCCAUAUCCAGGGCCUGCUAAAGGUACACAAGAUGAGUAUGAAAUUGGCGACCUAAGCGGGAAGUAUGAUCCUCUUACCGGUGCUUCAUAUUCGACAACAGUUCAUGAUAUGACCAUUGCUAUGGAAGGACCAUUAAGUAUUGUUGGAAGAUCAAUUGUUAUACAUAAGACUGAUGCUGGGGCAACACGCUGGGCUUGCGGUACUAUCGAAGAUACGACUCCCGAUACCAAGGUUGUCCGUCAUAAGGCAAUGUUCGAGGGCGAGAUCACGGGUUAUAUAAUGUUGACUCAGUAUUACUACAAGAACAAAGACACCAGUAAUACCCAGAUUGUUGUGAAUCUACAUUACACGAAUGACAAGAUGAAAAUGACGACAGGUCAUAACUGGCACGUGCAUGAGAACAGGAAGAGCACAGACUGCGCGAGCUGUGGACCUCAUUAUAACCCAUAUAUGGUUAACAUGAACAGUGGCUACUCGGAGUGCGGCAUGGACAAUCCUUUACGUUGUGAAAUGGGUGACCAGUCCAGCAAGGUCGGGAAAUAUGAUAUUGGUGGCGGUAAACGAUUCUAUACAGACGUUAAUCUCAACAUUGAAGGAAAAUAUUCAGCGGCUAAACGAUCUAUAGUUAUUCAUGGACCUAACGGAGCAGGCGAGAGGAUCGCAUGCGCUAAUCUAAUUCCUUAUGGAACUACGGCGGCAAAGGGAGAAUUGCAGUUCCCAAAGAAAUCGUUUAUUGCGGGCGACAUUGAAGCUAAAGUUGCCAUGUUUGUGGGAACAUCAGUUGACAAUGUCCUCGUUGAGAAACAGUCUGACACUGUUGCUUGUACUAAAGUCAAUGUAUACUUUUUGGGUGAAAAUAAAGAUACAUUAAAGAAUCAAUAUGAGGAUAAUUUGAGAAGCACAAACUACAAUAAUCUCGGGGAUUACGCCCCAGAAGAUCCUUGCGCGAUAGUUUCAUCGUCAGACGUCAUCAGCAUGUCGAUUAUAUCAAUGGUCAUCUGCCUUCUCUUGUCAAAACUUCGCAUCUGGAGUUAGUUUACAGACAAAGUUAUCCACAUAUAUACAAAUAAUGGAGUCAACGAUGGCGUUUUGACGGAACCGUAGCAGACGACAAUUAGAAACAUUUCCAAAUAACAGUUGCUGCCCUUAGUCAUCAUCCAGAAAAACCGCCGUUAUCCAUUAAAAAAUUCUUGCCAUAUUUAAUAUAUUCCCAGAUAAAACUCUUACACUACUAUAAUUUAUAUUUAUAUUCAAAACAACAUCCAAUUUUAACAGAUACUGUAUAUCUAUUUAUCCAAAAUGAAUCACUGCUAAUAUCCAAUGCAAACAUUUAUCUGGAAUUAAAUGUAUAGUUGUAUGAUUAUCUUAACGUAUAAUGUGCUACAGCCUACAGUGAGUUAAAGCAAUUAGAAUAUCUGCUUUUUUUCUCUCAAAAAUUACAUUGACUGAAGACAUUUUGUUUCAAGUUAAUACGUUUAUAUCCCAUCUUUUAUUCGCUAAAAAAUGUUAUGCUUUGAAAAUGUGUGAAUUUGUUUAAAAGAUGCUAGAAUUAUAUAUAAGUGUAAUAUGUGUACUCUUUUUUACAUUUCCGGCUUUUAGAAUAUCUGUAUUUUCUAAAUGAUAACAAUCACCACACGAUGAUAAUAGCAAUACACUGCUAUUAUUUAUAUUAGUUGUAAAACUUCUAAUCGCUACAAUGCAGUGCAUAUUAUAUCUACAUGAUUAAUUACCUUAUUUAAGGUU